GCCAAACACAAGCCAAGGAGAAAGGCCUCAGGAGAAACCAAAUCUGCUGACACCAUCAUCACGGACUUUCAGCCUCCAGAACUACUUCAACUGCGAGGAAAUGUCAUUCAGAUUUGGCCAACAUCUCAUCAAGCCCUCUGUGGUAUUUCUUAAAACAGAACUGUCCUUUGCUCUUGUGAAUAGGAAACCUGUGGUACCAGGACAUGUCCUUGUGUGCCCGCUGCGGUCAGUGGAGCGAUUCUGUGACCUACGUCCUGAUGAAGUGGCUGACUUGUUUCUGGCGACCCAGAGAGUUGGGACAGUGGUGGAGAAACAUUUCCAGGGGACCUCUCUCACCUUUUCCAUGCAGGAUGGCCCCGAAGCUGGACAGACUGUGAAACAUGUUCAUGUCCAUGUUCUUCCCAGGAAGGCUGGAGACUUUCACAGGAAUGACAGCAUCUAUGAUGAGCUCCAGAAACAUGACAAAGAAGAGAACUCCCAGGCCUCUUGGAGAUCAGAGGAGGAAAUGGCCGCAGAAGCUGCAGCUCUGCGGGUCUACUUUCAGUGACACAGGCAUGAAAGUAACUCGAACAAAUCCCAGGGUAUAAGGAAAUGAGCCUCAUUCUCUAAGACUCUGUGGCAUUGGAAAUGAAGCUAAGCAGAGUUCAUUACAUCUUACAAUUCUGCAACCUUUUGUGAAGUAUUUUAUUACACUUGUGGAACCAUUGGGGUUGUUUCAGUUAUAAUAACUGACAGGCUAAC